UAGAAUACACUGCCUACUUAAAGUACUCGGUAAAGCUGUUGAACAAGUCCAACUUAGGAGGAAUUGUAGAAGCCAGGUAACCUGGGAAAGUUGGUAUGAUUUCACUGAGAGGGAAAAUUAAUUUGCACCCAUUCAAAUCUGAACCACUGGAGGCACCACCACCUAAGCCAGAGAACCAGGGGUAGAGAGGCUGGCCAAGACUGCUUUCAUCAAAACUCGUAGUAACAUGAUGGGAAGACGUCUGCCAGCCAAUAACCGCUUCAACCAAAACUGUGCAGCAUAAUGUGGACAAAGCAAGACAUAAAAGCUAUAGAGACAAGCCCACGAUAACUAUGCUCAUCCCUGUAAUGUUGUUUUCCUUUUUCGACGAUGCAUGGCACAGUUUUACUUCAAACUAAUGUUUACAAAAUGGCCUGAUACUGUUUUAUUGUGGAGUAACUGUUUAUUCCAUCACAUAGUCAGCAAGAUCGUUACAACAGUCAAGUGAAAUGUUUACCUCUGCAAGCAGCAACAAGCUUUCAGCACAAGCUUGCAUGGGCUGUGAAUAUGCACAGACUACAAGUAAACAAAAGCUGAAGCGGCCUUCAAGUGUUAAGUGUGGAAAAAGAUGUUUUGCGGCAAUGGCCGUGACUGAAGACAACACAGGUGUGUAUGUGGUUUUCCAAUCCAAGCACAGAGGCCACGACUUUAAACUGGGUGGUGUUUUUCUGUCCAAGUCGGAAAGAGCUGCUAUUGCUGACAAGCUGCGAGAAGGCGUGUCCAUGGAUGCAGUACUGGAUAAUGUGCGGUCCAACGUGGAUGAGACGUUCCACUGCAUUAACCUGUUAAGCAAGCAGGAUCCACCAAGGACAACCUUACAAAAGUUAAAUUUUUGAGAAAAAAUGAGGACCUUUUGGAUGAGAUAUUUUAUGCUAGUCAUUAUGACCACACCACAACUGAUUGUGUAUGUGUCAAUGGAACACAUGGAACAGCAGGUGAGCAUUACUAUAUAAAUGCAUUAAUAA